AUGUUUUCCACUCCGUUGAAGAACACAAUCGAUUACAACCCAACGAGGGCUCUCGCGGCACCCAUUACCAGCAACAAUUCACUUCUGUCUAAGAAUAAUGACUUGUCAGCGCCAUCUACAGGCUUGAAUCAGCAUCCAAAACUACCUUUUGGGGCAUCGACCAAUCCUCUUCAAUCUUUAACAAACCCUAGCUCCGUUGAACAUUUAAGAAUCCCCAAAUUCGAACAAUUACCUCCACUAGAAUUGGCAAGUUCUUACAUCAAUCAUUUACUUUCUCGCGAUGAAGCCACUUACGUUCUUGACGAAAGAUCAUAUUAUAAUAACGGUGUUGAUUAUAACUAUAGCAAGGACGUAGGAGCAUUGGGUGCCUUCACGCCCUUUGAAAGGCAGAAGAUAGUAAACAUCCCUGAUGAAAUUCUUAGAGAAACGGCAACCGCAGAAACAAGAACAGAUAUGGGGAUAUUCCCAGAAUUGAAUAGAUGUUGGAUUACAAUCGAUAAUAAAUUAAUCCUGUGGGACUAUGAAUCCUUAGAUUUUCAAACCAUUGAUGAGAUUAAACAUACCAUAUUGAACGUUAAAUUGGUGAAACCAAAACCAAACACUUUUGUCGAUCAAAUAAAACAUUUACUGUUGGUUACCACUCCAUUUGAUAUUUACAUCUUGGCAGUGUCAUAUAAUGCGCAAUUGAAUGAUUUGUCCGUUUUUAACACAGGAAUGUCCGUUUCGGUGACAGGGUUGGCUGUUCAAGACAUGAUUUGUUAUGAAAAGACGGGUCAGAUAUUUUUUGUUGGAAGAGGUGAUAAUGCAUUGAAUAUUUGGGAGUUACAAUAUACAGGCUCAGAUGAUUGGUUUAACAGUAAAUCUAAUAAAGUUUGUUUGACUCAAUCAUCAUGGGCAAGCCUAUUACCAACAAAUGUCAUCUCACGAAUUCCCGGUACUGAAUUAAUUCAAUCCCUCUUUGAAGAGGAUUCUAAAUUCGGAAAACAGGAAACCAUUGUACAAUUAACCAUAGAUCAAUCAAGAGGAAUCAUAUAUUCAUUAUCCUCUAAAUCUAUCAUCAGAUCCUACCUUAUUAAUGGGAAGUCCCUGGAAGGUCCUUCCAUAAUUGAACCUAAAUAUAUUAGUAGAAUUAUUGGUACAACCACUGCAAGAGGUGCACCUGUACUAGGCCCCAAAUAUUUGAAGAUUGUCAAGAUUAUCUCAGUGUCUCAAGAGGAAAAUAAUAAUCUUUUCCUUGUUGCCAUAACAAUGGCAGGUGUACGUCUAUAUUUUAAUGGUUCCAUUGGAAGAUCAUCCAUAGAAGCAAUCCGUUUAGAAUCUAUUAAAUUCCCACCCACCUCAGCAUCACCAGAGUCGUUACAAUUAGAAUUGGAAAAGCAACAAGUAGAGAGACAGAAGAGAACUUUACCAUUCUAUUCAAGUAUGAACUUCUCCGAAUCCAUUCUUUUGAAAUUUCAAAAGAAAUCUGCUGUAUUGUUGGAAACAACAAGAGCAACAACAAUCAUUUCCCCGGGUAUUUUCUUCUCACCUGUAAUGAAGAAACCCACACAACCUACCGUAACAAAUCCACUUGAUGUAUCAACGACGACGGCAACGAAAGUGACAGAGGACGAUAAAAAAAUUCAACAUAAACUUUUCGUUAGUGUUCCAGAUUAUGGUAUAUUGAAAAAUCAUGGUAAAUAUGUGGAAAAUGCAACUUUCUUGGAUACACUCAGUCCAGUGAAGGAAAUUAUUCCUCUAACACCAACUUUUAAUGCCACAAGAAAACCCCAAGGUUAUGCAAAUGAAUUUGCAACGCAAUAUACGGCAGAAAAAUUGAAGAUUGCGGUACUCACUGAAACUGCCGUGGAAAUUUAUAAGUAUCGCACUCCAGAUGAAGUUUUUGAAACUUUAAUUGAUAACCCAUUACCAUUUGUAUUAAAUUACGGUCUCACCGAGGCAUGUUCCACUGCAUUAUACGUUACUUGUAAAUUUAACAAACCACCACUUUUAAGAUCAAAUGCCUUAACCUUUUUAACUGUGGGGAUCCCAGGUGUCAUUGAUUUGAAGCCUAAAUAUAAUAGAUAUGCUUCAUCUACUGGCGCUACCACGACUACAAUAACUCCACAAAAGUCUCCAUCCUCAUCGUCUUCAUUGAAGCCAUUAUCAUCAAGUAAUUUUAACCUAGAUGAUGUUAUCUUAUCACCAAGGUUUUAUGGGAUUACAUUGUUAGUAGCAAGAUUAUUUAGAGACAUUUGGGCCUCAAAUGUUUUCACAUUAAACCAACAUGUUACUGUUGACUCAUCAUCAACUACUAAUUUAACUAAGGGUUCCACGGAUUCUUUGAUUACUGGCAUUUCGAUUUCUAAACAAAAUGUGGAAUACUAUUUAUCCUCAAUAAUGGUAUUAACUGAAUUUUUUGCAACCUAUGGUGAUUCCCUGACCAGUUUUGCCACUCCAUUAUUGACCAAUAGACAUAUAUCUGACAAGUCUGAUGAAGUAGCCAAUCAAGCUGAGAACAUCGCUACAAAUUCUAUAAUUAAAUUGGCAGAAUCCAUUAAAGAGGCAUUAUCAUUCUUAAAUGUCCUAUAUGAAGAAAGUGAAGUGGAUGGUUUUGAAGGUCAAUAUUUAGCAUUUAAUGACAUAAUUAAAUUUUUGAAACCAGAAGCAAUACUAAAAUUAACGAAGUUAACCUUCAGGGAUUUAUUUGCUCCAGGAGAAUCUACUAAAUCCUUAAUCAAAGAUAUUGUCUUAUCCAUCAUUAACAGAAAUAUCUCUAGAGGUGCCUCCAUCGAAUACACUGCUACCACUUUACAAGAUCGUUGUGGAUCAUUUUGUUCCAGUAAUGAUAUAAUUGGCUUUAGAGCUCUAGAACAUUUAAGGAAGGCUAAAGAAAUUGGAAUGAAAGAUAAUGAUACAUUACGUUAUCAUCUAGAUAAUGCCAUUAAAUUAUUUGAAAAAAUUGCUGACGAUUUAUCUCUACCUGAAUUAUACGAUGCUACUACCGAUAUGUUACGAUUAGGAUACUAUCCAAGAACUAUUGAAUUCUUACUUAAUAUUGCUAAUUUGACGGAUAAGGCCAAUCUAGCAUUACAGUAUGUUAAUAAUGGAUCUCUAGAACAUGAUGAAAGGAAAAGAUAUUAUGAUAAACGUGUUUCCAUAUACGAUAUGAUAUUUGAAUGUUUAAUCGAUAUGGAUAAAUAUGCAUCAAGGGAGGGCUUAAGUGCACUCCGUAUGUCCUCGAGAGCAAUUGAUACAUCGUCGACAACAAUCGAUUUCGAAUCCUUAAGAGAGGAAAGCUAUUCCAUUGCAUUGCAUUACAAUGAUAAAUUAUUUCAUUAUAACCUCUAUGAUUGGUUAGCUACUUCAAAACACGAGGAUAGGUUAUUGGAAUUGGAUACUGAUUUCAUUUUACCUUAUUUACAGGAGAAAUCCAAGAAUUCAUUGAAGAUUUCAAAUCUAUAUUGGGUUUAUCAGUCAAAGAGAUCAAACUUUUUUGAAGCUGCCGAAAUUUUAUAUUCUCUAGCUACAUCUGAUUUCGAAUUGGAAUUAAGUGACAGAAUCACCUGUCUUUCUCGUGCCAAUGGGUUCUGUAAUAGUACUUGCCCACCAAAUCAAAAACAGAGAAUGGUUCAACUGGCCGGUAUGAUCCAAGAACUUUUCGAAGUUGCUGCGGUACAAGACGAUAUAUUAUCUCUAGUGAGAUCUGACGCUAGAAUUGAACAAAAUAUUAAAGAUGAACUUGUUAAACAACUAAAUGGAGAAAUUUUAGCGUUAUCUUCACUAUUUAAUGAUUUUGCUGAUCCAUUAGGUUAUUUCGAAAUUUGUUUGAAAAUAUUUAAAGUGUCUGAUUUUAGGGAUUCUGAAGAGAUCAUUAAUAAAUGGAAUGAAUUAUUUGAUUCAUUGAAAAAUGAAUUGAAUGCAACGGGCAAAUUAGAAGACUCCCAAAAAUUUGUUACCUUAUUAUCGAAUGUGGUUAUAAAGGUUGGGAGAGCUGUUCAUUCGUCAGAUGUUGUAUUCCCCAUAUCGAACCUUUUCCCAAUUGUUUGUACGCUGUUCUCAGAAACAUUACCAAAGGAUCAUAUUAAACCAGGUUCUAUUAUUUCUAUUUUCAUAUCCAUCGGAAUAUCAUACAGCAAACUUUACUACAUACUGAAGGAUUUAAUAGAUACAUCCGAUUCAGCAAAUGACUUAUUCAAGAAGGAAAUGGUCUGGCUAAUUAAGGAGUGGUAUAAAUCAGAUAGAAAAUUAAGAGAUAUUAUUAGUUUUGAUGAAAUAUCAAAAUUGGAAGACUAUAAUGCUGAUUCAGAUCCUAUUGAAAAUUAUACUAAAAAGACUGGUAAUAGCAUAUGA